AGUACGCGGCGUUCGGUAUAGGGGGCUAUAGUACCUUCAUGCAUGGCCCAUAAAGGAUUCGUCGACUAUCCGAGAAGUACGCAAGAAACGGCUUCUAACAUCUGACAGCCACGCUCUCUCGUUGUUUCGCGCCCAGCCCAAUUUCGCGGGACUCGAGAUCAGCUGGCUGCGCCCACUGUUAUCGCGAUUACUCACGCGUAUUAUCAGCGACGAGAGACGCGAUACGCGAGACCGAAGUGGCUAACGGAAUAAAGAGACGUUUAUCCUUGCUCUUUGAGACAGUGGAACACUUCCUUCGAUAUCCUUCUCUUCGGACCCCGUUUAUCCUUAACCUCAACGACACACGGCCGAAUUUUACGCACCUACCUGCAGCGCCGGGAUCGGGGACCCGGGACUGCCUACCUACCUUAACUCAGUAUCUCUGUAUAGUCCGAUCCCCGAUCGUUGUUGUUGUGUUGUGCAAGUUUUGUAAGUGGUAAUAAAAGAAAAGUGAAGCCUGACGAAAGUAGCUAUAGAUGAGAGAAGAAGCUACGGCUACUGGAGUCAAUAAACAGCGAGGAGUCAGAGUGUAAAUCAAGGAGACGUAGCCGGGCAUGAUUUGAAAAUCUUUAAAAGGAUCCGUGCCAUCUCGUUAAAAUCGCCAGAUCGUUAUAGGGAUUUAAAGAGAGUCGGUGGCCGUUCGCAUAAGAUGCUCGCGGCCGAGAUUAGUGUCCAGUGCGGGUGUUGACUCUCGCCGGCUGUUCGCUCCUAAGCAGCGAUGAGUUCUAAAUUCAUAAUCGAUAGUAUGCUACCUAAGUACCAUCAGCAAUUCCACCACCAGCAAUUGUUCUCCUCCGCGAAUCCCAACUCGGUCCAGGCGUGCUCAUCCAGCCCGGCGUCGGCUAGCUUGGAAAGCAGCUUGUCCGCGGCGGCUGUAGCGGCAGCGGCUGUCAAUUACGCUCAACAUAAUUCACCGAGUCCGACGGGCUCGAGUCCUCAGCAUUCCGGAAGUUCGGCCUCGACAUCACCAGCAGCCAGGAGCACGUCCACCAUGUAUCCUUACGUUUCCGCAGCGGCGGCGCAUCAUCAUCAUCAGCAACAACAGGCCGUUGCUGCGGCAGCUUUCGGGGCUUCCUCGAGCAUGGUUCCUGGUUUUGGAUCGUCGGCAGCCUCCAGUGCGGCGCUCGCCGCCGCGGCGGCCGUCGACGCUGCGACAGCCGGUGACAAAUCGUGCCGUUAUACGGCUAGCCUCACUGGGAAUGUCGCACCAUCGCCUGGUGACCCCAUGGUCAACUAUACCCUAGGUCAUCAUCAUCAGAACGGUGCUACUCCUGGUAGUCUCGUAUCCUCUGCUUCGGCCUCCUCAGCCGUUUCCGCAGCUUCCGCAUCCAUGGCCGCAGCAGCACAGUUUUAUCAUCAAGCUGCGGCCGCAUCGGGCGUUGUUGAUCCUCUAGCUUCCUGUCAGCAACCUACUGCGGGUCAACCUGGCAUCCCGGACAUUCCCAGAUAUCCAUGGAUGUCGAUCACCGACUGGAUGAACCCCUUCGACCGAGUCGUGUGUGGUCCGAACGGCUGCCCAAGACGCAGAGGCCGACAAACCUACACACGGUUCCAGACCCUGGAGUUGGAAAAGGAGUUUCACUUCAACCACUACUUAACGAGACGACGACGAAUAGAAAUCGCGCACGCGCUGUGCCUGACGGAGCGACAGAUAAAAAUCUGGUUCCAAAAUCGGCGGAUGAAACUGAAGAAGGAGCUAAGGGCAGUGAAGGAGAUCAACGAGCAAGCCCGACGAGAGCGCGAGGAGCAGGACAUGAUGAAGAAGCAGCAGGCAGAGAAGCAAGCAAAGAUGCAGCAGGAGCAGCAAAGCGCACUGCAGCAUCAGCAGCACCACGUCAGUGGUCUCGACAAAGCGCAGAGCGAUCUUCUCAAGGCCGUCAGUAAGGUACCCACAUAGGAUACCUUGCUGAGCUCUCUCUUCUUUAAUAGGACAUAAUAGACGCGCAUAAGCGAAGCACACCCUCAACUACGUACUUACCUGGCCGGCCCGAGGAUGCCCGAGUUCAUCCUCGUGGUCCUCGCCUGACUGAUUCCUAGAAUGUAUUUUGUAAAUCGGAAGCGACAACGAGCCAUCGUGAUGCUACGUAGAGCCGUGUGAAUCGACGUGGAGCCGUGCAUCGACGAUUCCCUGUGAGAACGACGUCACAAGGAUAUACGAGCUCAAACGAAUUCUCCGUUCUCCGGGAAAACGAUCCUGGAAUCCAUCUUCGUGUGUUGCUUGAUUACGCUGCUAGAUGUCGCCCACAGUCUAUUCCGCAAGAAGACCUCAGUUCUUUCACAGAACGGUGCACUGUGUCACUGACAGACUCCACGUGUAUACCACAAUGCCGGGUACUAAAGGACAGCGUGAUCAUGGAUCAGGACCUCGUGGGACGAGGAUUUACAGGCUGGUUCCUGUUCGACAGGGAUAACGACAUGAGAACAUUCAAUGAUUCUGCGGAUCGCUCGAGUGGAGCUAGUGCAUUUUUGUUUCCGUGUACCUACAUAGACGCUACCAGUUUUUAUAUAUAUGGUGUCUUUCGUGAACUACAGUCGACGAUCUUUUUAAGAUCGUCGUCCUAGAAUCCAUUGGGAUUUGUCGCACAUGAGAGGUUGUGGAGUGCAUUCGGUGAACUGGAAAGGAAGUAAGUUUCUUUCUAGAAAAGUGCAAGAGUACAUGAGAAUACAUCGACGCAAGAAAAAAUCGCACGGUCUUUAUGCGUUAGCGAAGUCGAGUAGGUUAUUAUUAGUCUCGACAGAAGAAGCAAAACGACCGAUUAACAGUAUCGAUGAUUGUAAAGUUAAAAACAAAAAGUUAAUCGGUUCUUAAAUUGAUCGAUCCGACAUCAAUCUCAAUAUGCCUUACAGCCUGCGAAGAUCUCAUUAAACGGUGACACGGUUUAACCGAAGGUAUACAGCAACGGCGCCCAAGCUACAUAGCGAGAUAACGAUGGGGAAUAAUUAAGAUAUAUGAGGUCAUCGAUUCGUAUUAUGUAAAAGUCCCUCCAAAAUCAAGCCUGACGAUUUACCCGCGAUUAUCCAUUGACAAUGAGUGGUUCGUUUUCAGCUCCGCAUCGGCCAUGUUAUAUUUUGUGUAAUAUUAUCGAGAGUUUUAUUGUGUUCAAGUUACAACGUUAUAGUUUUUAUUUAAUCUAACGUACUUCGCUCUCCCUGUGUCCCUGUCCCUUUGUAUACUGCGCUCCAUUACGUCAUCCCGGUUAUCCUUCCUACGUUAAUCGCUAUUCUUUACCGUUUCCCUUCAUUUUCUCUAGUAAACUCUUCUCCAGCGCCACUUCGUCUCCCGCGCAACUUACUGUUAUUGCUGAUUAACGACGCCAGCGUUCACUCGCUUUUCCAAAUUUCAUUUUCUUUCCUCGCACAGAAAUUAUAUACACAGCGACACGAAAUUAAGAGGCGAACAAUAUUUAUGCAAUUUAUAAUGCAAGCGACACCCGUUACAGUGACGCAUGACAAAAUGUAAUGCAAAUGCAUUGCAGAAUCACCGGACGAGUAUUUCACUCUUAGUACAUUAAAUACGUAAUUUGGUGUCAGGGUAGACAUUUCCGUAUAGAUAUAGAGUCUAUUGUUGGUAUUACUUACUUAGUACUUGUAAACAUACACGGGCACGUACAGAUAAAGAUGAGAAAGAAAACGUUUCUGAUUAUAUAAAUUAAUAAUUUUUUUUUCUAUUUUUGUUUCACGCGACACCCCAUCCAAAUCCUCGUGUCAAUUCGCGUUUAAAUAUUAGUAAUGGCGAAUUACAGUUGCGAGAAUCGCAGUAACUGAGGAUCCGUUUUUUUUUUAGGAUGGGGAUUCGCGUAGUACUAUUACGGCGUAAAGCAUAGGGUAUAUAUAUAUAUAUAUUAUAUUAUUAAAAAUGAUAAGAAUAUUAUUAUAUAAUAUAUGAAAAAAAGGAAAUGAUCUGUUGUAUUCUGCUCUGAUAAGGAAGAAGAAGAAGAUGAGGAAGAAAUGAAAAAAAAGAAAUGAAUACGUUAGACACCUCGUAAGGGAAGUUUAGGUUAGAGGGAGUGAUAAUUACGUACUACGUAUAAGGUGUACGUAAAAGUUUAAAUUAAUAAUGCGUAACGCGACGAGUGCAGCUCUAAUAGACGUCCGAAGACUCAAGGCAGAGACAUAGGUAACCGCAAAGGAUACUACUCUAUUGCUAAUUGAAUAUUAUUACAAAUAAUAUCCGUACGUAAUUAAGAAGCUGCGCAUGCAAGACCGCACAAUAUACUCACGUACUUCACGUAGUGCGAGGUACAUACCGUAAAGGUACGUAAGAUAGUGAUUAAACUUUAAGGAAAAAGAAAAAAUGAUAAGCGGGAGAAAAUGUUAAAGGAAUACGGUAAUGCGGUUGGUAACGUACAUGAUAGGGAAUAAAGAUGGGGAAAAAAGGGAAUAAAUGAGAAACCUCACCUAAGGAUGAGAUCAAGGUAAAUGCCGAUGCCGUUUUAAUGUAAACGUUAGGAUCCUCGUAUGUAUGCUAUUUAAUAUGUAAUAAGUAUGUAUAUCUAUAUCGGUUUUCAUUCUGCGUACUCAGUUGUUACAUUUCGUACCUACGUGUAUAGAAUUUGAAUUGGUGAAUUUUUUCAAAAAAGUUUUUAAAAAACGUCAAAGAGUGUGAUCACGGCCUGAACCCACCCUGGCACAAGUAUACGGCAAAAUAGUAAGAGAAUGUGAGGAAACGGUCGAAUGGAAAACGUAGUGCGACGAAAAGGAAAGGAUGUUACGACGGGUUAAGUCCUGGUGAAAUUGUGUAUUUGUAGAAAGCUUUAUAAUAUCUAUUAUGAUCUAUUAUUGCUAGUUACGUUUGAUGUUAUGUCGUUAAUUAUAGUGACGCGCGGUAGUAGUGCAGUGGCGGCGCCGAUAAACGCCCGAACAAUUAGGUAUGUAGAGUUUGCUAAUAAAUUCAUUAAAACAUUUUUGUACAGAGGACGAUAUUUUCCGUGGCGUUAAUUUUUUACUUACGAUUAGUGUUUAAUAGCGAACAAAAAGUAAUGUGAAAAGAUGGAGUUGAGUACGGUCGCCUGUCCCUGCUGGUACGUGCAACAGCUUGUGAACACAUAUGCAUACCAGUCACUGAUAAUUGCUUAGAUAAUUAAUUGAUUAAUUAUUUGAUUAAUUAUAUAUGAUCCCAUUUUAUUUGAUCUUUCAAAAAUAAUAAACGAUCAUAAUUUUCUAAACUAAUUACGUCAACGAUAACUGCAUAUAAGAUUUGAUUUAUUUGGACUUUGUUGCAAUUUGCGAAAAUUAUUACUCAAAUUUUAAAAGAUUGGCUAUCCUACUUUAUGUAUAGUUGAUUCGUCACGUACAGUAUGUGUGAGAUUAUUAAUGACCGUUGAGACUGUUGGGAUGCUAUAUAGAUUUUUAGUUUCCUUUCGUUUUAAUCAAAUGCACACACGUGCCAUUAUCUUUACGAGCGGAUAUUAGUGCAAUGUAAAAUAUUGAUUUUACACUAUGUACAUGCAUAUAUUCUUACGCAUAUAUUUAUAUAUUCUCGCCACGAAGAAAUUGCAGCAGAGUGCAAAUACUUGGCGUUUACGUUGACGCGAUUGUUUCGUGACUAUUAUUUGCUAAACUAGUAGAAAAGUCUAUUUUCGACGCGAUUAUCCAUAAAAUACUUAAAAAAAAAUAGGAAAAAGAAAAAGCACAAAGUAAAAAAAAAGCAAGUGUCAAACGAAUGAGAUGAAAGAGUGAAACAAAUAAAAGGGAAAAUUGGUAAAAUCAUACGCAGGCGCCGUCCACAUCUCUUAUGCUUUUUUAAGCGGCUUAUCUAUGAUGAACGUUUGGAAUUCUAAUAAUUAUCAUUAAUGCGGAAAAAGAAAAAGAUCAUAGUAACGCGUAAUCAUAUCAUGUAACGUUCGUAAUACUUCCCUAUGUCCCAGAAGACCUUGAACCUACAACCCAGCCCGUGACCCAUUCCUUGGAAAUCAUCUCCAUCCAUUCUCCUCAUCCAAUUUACCUAACCUAAACCUUGCUCUCUGUAAACCCUACCAAUAUUAUAAAUGUAUUAUAUAAUUGCGCUAGAACGUAACGUUUAAGUAAUGUAACGAGUACGUUAGUAGAGUACAACUUUGCCAGACUUGCCAAACUCGCGAUGAAAUACGAAAAACCCGUCUGCACGAUAAAUGACGGCGUUAUAACGAAUUGUUGUAAAGCGCGCAGAGGGACGUCGUAUGAGACGCAUCGCGAGGACUUCUCGUAUCCGAAUUAUUUGAAGCAUGAUGGGAAACCGAAGUGGAGAACGAAGUGGAUGAUAGAGGAAGUGCGUAACGAUAUAAGGUACUAGGGUGGUAGAAGACGAAUAUAGGGUGAAAAGCGCAUUAAGAAAUAUCGCUAUAUUGUGUGGCUCAAGCAAUUGGUAAGUAAAUUUACCGAAAACCCGAGUGACUGUAGUACGAAGCGCGUGUGUAUACGCGUGCGAUUAAGAUUAGCUUAAGAUUUAAUUAAACGCGUGAGAGAGUGUGAUUGCGUAGCUGUCGAUAUGUACUAUAAGUAUAACUAAACGACUAAUUAAACGAAUUAGAUAAUCCUCACGUAGGAGAAGCGUAUGAUUAAUAUUUACAGUGAAGUUAAAGGGGAUGAAAAAAAAAAAGAAAAUGAAAAAUAGCACGAAUCCGUCACACGGAGAAAACAGGAACAAGUUGAAAUUGUUUGUUAUAUUUUUUUUUUUCUUUACAUAUAGAUACAUUGUUUAUUUAUGAACUGUUUAUUUUACGUAGUUUUUUUGGUCGCGCGUAUUUGUUUUUGUUAAUACGAAGAUGAGGUACUGACGAGUUUCUUUUUCUUCUUAUCUCUCUUCCCUCUGUUCUUCUUCCUCUUUCUCGAUAACGUAGACUAGGUUUAGUACUGUCGCUUUUUCGCGUUUCCUUUCCUUUUUUUCAUUGUUUCGCGUAUACAGAUCUUUAAUGUUUCUUGUUUUAAUUACGUUUUCGAAAGCCGGUUAAUCAUUUAUUAUUAAUGUUAUCACGUUUUUUUUUACAUACGUACACGGAAGCCUCGUACCCCUUCUCUUUUUUAUUAUUACUAAAAUUUACUAUUUCCCUCUCUCCCUAUCCUCUUGCACUUUUCUCAUCAUUUUUCCAACGUCCCUUUCUCUUCCCAGUGCUUUUCAUCCACAAUGUAUCCAAGAGCAGUCUGCAAGACGUAAAACUUCGUUUUCAUAGUAAGAGAGCGCCUCGUUCGGCGCUAUGCGAAAAGCCUUCAUCGGCCUCCAUCCACAAAUGACUGGUAAUAUGCUUAGUUCCCUAGUUAAAAUCCAUCCCCGUAAUAACCUUGUUUAUACUAGAACAACGUUGUACAAAAAAAAAAAAUGACGUAGGUAUAUGCGUUCAACGAGCACUUAAGUUUAGAUCCGAAAUUUUGAUCUGCACUUUGGGUGCCGUUUUCAUAGGCAGCUCUUUACCCGCUUUGUUUUUUUUUUUAAUCUUUUAUGUAUUAUAUAUAAAACUUACUCCCAGAACUUUCUGUUCUACGUAUGACGCGUGCGAAUGGUCCGCAUUCUUAUCUGCAUCUAUGACUUCGCUUUUCCGUUUCCCGGCUGUCGUACGCUUAUUAACUGUUUUCUACGCGUCAGUAGAAUUUUAAGCCAUGUCUUUCUCUACCGAAAGCAGCUCAACGACUUUUCGUACAGUCGCGGGCUCGAGUCACCGAUCACCAAUAAAUAUUUUACGUGCGAUCAAAGCGAGGAUUGAUAUCGUAAAAUUUGAUGUUUCUUACUGUGACGAUCCGCGAAUCGAACCCGCGACUAAUUUACGAACAAUUUUUAGUGUUAAAUAAUUUUUUAUAUUUUUCGUAAAUUCAUGUUUCGGCUACACCUUAUUGGCGUAUCCGCACACGAAUAUAUUACUCAUGUACAGGCGACUGACUAGCUGCGAUACCUUCGAUGCUGAGAAAAAAAUCACGGAAAAUUUUUCACAAAAACUACAAAAAGUGUCACGAAGAAAUAACACGUGCUUGAUCAUUUGACGAAAUUUUUUCAUCGAAAAUUUUUUGUCAUUUUUCUUGAUUGCUUUAUAAAAAAUUAAGUGGCCAUACAUCGUUUCUUUUUUUUUUUCGCAAUGCCAAAAGAAGCGUGAGAGACGUAUGGAUUUUUAUUUUACGCUCAAAAGCAUCGUUCGUGUCCACUGUCUAGCUACACUUUUUCGUAAUUUCCUGUGCCGUUGAUAUUUAGCUGGUAAGCCUCGAGGGUGUUGAGCAAUUUAGUUAAAAGCGCAUCACGUCGUAUAAUUCACGAUAUUCGCAGUAAACUCGGAAUAAACCGGUACGAAGAGGAUUCGCACAUUCUUGUCCAACGGGAAGUUAUCUUAUGUGUUGUCUUGCUGUACCUACUAAGUGGAUCGAUAUUACCGUGUAUUGCUUCCUAAUUCUCGGUGUAAAUAUUAACGUUACUUAAUAUUAACAUACCCACUGAGUGCAGCCCGCACUGUAAACCGACCGAGCGAUACGCACGGUCCUUUAUGCGGAUCUUGCAAAUUCAUGGAUACCUAAUUAAUGUAAUACUAUAACUAUAAGAGAGCAUAGCUGUCCUACAAUACCUAUCUACCAUGUUAAGUAAUAAAGUAAUGAAUUUAAAAAAAAAAUCUCAUGUCUACUGACUAUUAAAAAUUAGUAUUAUACGACGACGAGAGCCGAGAGACGUACGGGAUAAUGAUGAAGAAAUAAUCCAUUGACAAUGAAUGUAAAUGUAUCCAUUUUCGAAACUCGAUGUAGAAUUAUACUCAUAAGCUAUAUCUAUGAUAUACAAACGAAAUAAAAACGUAUAGUAAA